AUGGUUAUGGAUAUUGUUAACGCACUUCAAGGAAUUGUUUUAGAAUGUUGUAAACAUCCAUAUGGAUGUAGAGUUGUUCAACGAGUAAUAGAAAGUGUUGAUUAUGAUUGUGUAACUGAAUUAUUACAAGUCAUUGAACCACAUUCACUUGAUUUAACUGAAGAUCAAUAUGGAAAUUAUGUUGUUCAAAAUGUACUUGAACGAGGAUAUCCAAAUGAUCGUCAUAAUAUCUUACAACAAAUUAAAGGAAAUAUUGUUCGUUUGUCUAUGGGAAAAUAUUCAUCAAAUGUUAUUGAAAAAUGUUUUAAAUUUGCUACACCAAAUGAACGUCAACAAAUUUUAGAAGAAAUUUACCAAAAUAAUGGAAUUUUACAAAUGAUGCAAGACCAAUUCGCUAAUUAUGUUGUUCAAAAAAUUAUUGAAGCAAUUGAUAGUUUAGAACGUGAAAAGAUAGUAGAAUUAUUCAUCAAACCCAAUUUAAGCAUUUUAAAGAAAGUUACUUAUACCAAACAUAUCUUAAACUUGUUAGAAACUCUUGAUGACACUCAUUUAUGA